AUGUGGUCAGAGCUCCUUCGGGCUUACCACAUUAGCACUGACCUGGGGAUUCUCAACGGCAAAGCGGUCUGGCCGCCUCACACGCUGGGUGUUCUCUCUGACCGAGGCACUUUCGAUAGAAGGGAAGUCAAUGUCAGUGUGCCGCAGCAGGAUGUGAAAGGACUAGUUGAUUUUAUAGAGCUACACUUGCCAGACUACGCAGAGAUCCACCUGCGCUUCACCGACCAAUGGCCCAACCUAUGCCCGAGCGGAUUUCUAAAUGCCGUGGUAGGGUUGGAUCAAGGGAAACGGUGUCCGUCUGACGAAAUGAUGAUUUAUGACACCCGAGGAUUUAGCGUUGUCAUGUUUGGCGCCCCCCAAAGGAGAGUUGUGGGCAAAGCCCGAGAUGCCAUUAUCGAGGCCAUUCGCUGUAGCCACUCCCUGUACAGCGUGCAAAUGCCCUUCACUGAGGGUCUACCGGUUCGACACCACUCUCACCCUCCAGGGCUUAUCAGUUUGCAACUUUCAAUGGCCCCGAUCUACUUCGGUGCCUGA